UGCUCUUGAGCCCUGCCACAUGUGCACCUAAGACUUCCAACAGCAACAUGAAGUUGGGAGGCUGCCUUCUCCUUGUGGCACUCAUCUUCCUCAGCCUUGAGUUACAGGAGCUUCAGGCUGCAGUGAGACCAUUGCAACUUUUGGAACUGCAACACUCUGGAAAAUGCCCUAGCGUGCCUGAAGGAGAAGUUGGGACUUGUGCUGAACUGUGCUCAGGAGAUGAUUCAUGUCCCAGGGGAAUGAAGUGCUGCAGCAAUGGUUGUGGUCAUACCUGCCAGAAAGCUGUUUUCACAGAAUACUAAUCUCAAAAGGUGAAUGGAGAUUGACAAGUGAACCUGGUGACCAGCCCAGAAGAUUUCUUGUGAAUCCAUGAAUCCCGUGUUCAGCUAUUCCCUAUCCCUGGAAGAUCUACAAUAGUGGGGUGACUGCUUUCUAAAACUCUUGUGUCCCAAAUAAAUUUAACCUGUGCAUGAGU